AUGGACAAGGAAGAGCAGCCAAAGCAGCCACGGCCGCACAGAGAAGGAAUAGAAGGAGAAGUCGAAGAAGGGGAAGAAGAAUGGAGCGGUGCCUUUGAUCCGUUUGCUGAUCCAGAGGAACGAAGGGUGCUGUUCGCCUCUCUGGACUCCUUCAGACAAUACCGCCGCUCAGCACAUCGAAAUGUCACCCAUCGACGGCGGCAGUCGUUCUAUGCUCUACCUUCGCUGCACUGGCAGACCCUGGCCGCACCGCCGUUCAACCUGCUCGGGACAUUCAACAAGGUGGACGAAGCUAUUGAUGCUAAUGCAGAGGUAGCUGAGGCCAUCCUUGACUCUGCCCUGGACGCAUUCCAGCUUCCCCGGCACCCGCAGGCGGGGGAUAGCGCAAAGGACGGCUAUGGCAGAGUCGUCUCAUGGCAUGACACGGCUACUUCGUCGGAUGUAAGCAAGGCCAAUUCUACGAUCCGCCAGCUGUACCGGGACUGGAGCGAGGGAGGCGCCGCAGAAAGAGAGACAUGCUACGGCCCCGUCAUGCGAGACUUACAAGGUGAGUUUGGAGAGAAGCCUGCGCCAGGCACCAGGGUGUUGAUUCCGGGUGCUGGACUGGGCAGGCUGGUGUUUGACGUUGCGAUGGCCGGGUUCGAAGCAGAAGGAAACGAGAUCUCGUACCAUCAGCUAGUGACGAGCAGCUGGGUUCUGAACCGGACGAAGCGUAAGGAAGAGUGCGCUGUAUACCCGUUUGUGCUGCACUUUUCGAACUUGCGGACCCGUGAGCAGCAGUUCAAGAAGGUCCUUAUACCAGACGUUCAUCCUGGCUCUGCCGUCAGAGGCUACGAGAUGGAUGAUGAAAGCAGCGAAAGCGGCCGGAGAGAGACGAAGAAGAUGACGGGUUCGAUGAGCAUGACAGCCGCUGAUUUUCUGUUACUCUACAACGAGGAGGCGAACAGAGAGGCCUUCAGUGCCGUGGCUACGGUGUUCUUCAUCGACACUGCGCCGAAUCUGAUACGGUACAUCCAGACGGUGCACCACUGUCUGCGGCCGGGAGGCAUCUGGAGCAAUGUUGGGCCGUUGCUGUGGCACUUUGAAGACAGGCCAGCUCCAUCUGCUACGGCUGCUGCAGAUAGCAGUAAAGUGACGGAGGAUGCAGCUGCUUCUGCGCAUGCUCCGGGCGACGAUGACCUGGAGAAGGAGUAUAGCCAUGGUCACAGCCAUGGCCACAGCCAUAACCAUAGCCACCACGGCCGAGGACACGGCCAGGGAGAGGGAAUAGCUGACCCCGGAGUUGUAGAGCUGUCGCAGGAUGAAGUGCUGGCGCUGAUAGAGAAGAUGGGCUUUGCUGUCGAGAAGGUCGAGGAUGACAUAGGGGGCUGCGGCUACAUCCAGGACCCCGACAGCAUGCUCUACAACAUGUACAGGCCGGUGCAUUGGGUCGUUAGAAAGAAGUGA